AUGGUUCAUGGCGGUCGGGAAGAUCCAGAGAUCCGCCCACAGAAGCCCCCCCCUUCCCCGCCGCUCUCUCAUCGCCCUAUGGAUAGAUCCGUGGGCGGUGGAUCUGCGGGCAGCGGAUCUUUGCUGGAGAGAUCCAUCACGCCCCUCAGUUUGGGCAGCAUGAGCUCGCUUCACGAUGUACUUAAGGUACACUGGUCGAAAUUCGAUCGUAACCCUAAUAUUAACAUUGAUGUGGGAACUGAGAGUAUGGAGGGAGGUCAGUCUGACAGCAGCUGUGCCGCUUCGCCCACUCACGCGCAUCACGGACAUGAUACAUGA